UAUCCAAUGGAUAUUCACUGCAAAGCAGACCCCUUCUCCGCCAUGCACCCAGGGCAUGGCGGAGUGAACCAGCUGGGCGGUGUAUUCGUGAACGGCAGGCCGCUACCGGACGUCGUGCGGCAGAGAAUCGUGGAGCUCGCGCACCAGGGAGUGAGACCGUGCGACAUAUCACGACAACUGAGGGUCAGUCACGGAUGCGUCAGCAAGAUCCUGGGCAGGUACUAUGAAACUGGCAGUAUAAAGCCCGGAGUGAUCGGUGGCUCCAAACCGAAGGUGGCCACACCGAAAGUGGUGGAUAAAAUAGCGGACUAUAAGAGACACAACCCCACCAUGUUCGCGUGGGAGAUCCGGGACCGGCUGCUGGCGGAGGGCAUCUGCGACAACGACACCGUGCCCAGCGUCUCCUCCAUCAACAGGAUUAUUCGCACUAAAGUUCAACAACAGUACCACCCCUCUCCUGAUGGAACAUCUCUCUCGACACCAGGACACACUAUAGUUCCCAGCACAGCGUCCCCUCCAGUAUCAAGUGGAUCCAGUGAUCCAGUGGGUUCAUACUCUAUCAAUGGUAUUCUGGGCAUCCCUCGUUCCAAUGGAGAGAAGAGGAAAAGAGAUGACGAUGGUUCAGAGGGUUCAGGGCAGAACAGUGACUCCCAGGGCAGUGUGGAAAGCCUUAGGAAACAUCUACGUGCUGAUGCCUUUACCCAACAACAGCUGGAGGCCUUGGAUCGAGUGUUUGAGCGACCAGCCUACCCUGAUGUCUUUCACAACACGGAGCACAUCAAACCAGAGCAGGCUAGUGAGUAUGCCCUUCCUGCACUGAACCCAGGACUGGAUGAGGUUAAACCUAGCCUGUCGUCCAGCAGCUCCUCAGACCUGGGUGCCAGCGUGUCCCAAAGCUACCCUGUAGGUAGAGAUAUGGCUAACACAACCUUACCUGGCUAUCCACCUCACGUCCCCCCUACAGGACAGGGCAGCUACCCAACAUCCACACUGGCUGGAAUGGUUCCUGGGAGCGAAUUUUCAGGGAAUCCCUACAGCCACCCACAGUAUACAGCAUACAACGAGGCCUGGCGCUUCAGCAACCCAGCCUUACUGAGUUCCCCUUAUUAUUAUAGUGCAUCCCGAGCCUCUGCACCACCAGCUGCUGCCGCUGCUUACGACCGCCACUAGACACCAUGAAAACCAAACCCAACAUUGCCUCAGACUUCCUGUUGUGCCAGUGUGAACAGCAGAGCAGAUUGGACAAGGGCCGCUUUGAACAUGAACGAACCAAUCAGGACAUCAAAUGGCUCACUCACAUUCAGCCAUCCAAAUCCAACUCCAACUCCAACUCCAACACUUACAGUGCGUGACCACAUCUCAAAGACUCCUGAGAAACCUUGUGAGAAAUUAUAUAAAUGUGGAAAUUGACACAAUGAGGCAAUUUGAAUCAACAAAUUUAGCUUUUCCUUUUUCAUAUUUUCUUUUCUUUAUCAUUGUGGAUGAAAACGUUCUUUUCUGUUUUGUGACUGAGUGUCACACGGCAGCACAUCGUUUCUCUGCUCAUGUCACACUGCUCUCUCUUUCUCUCUCUUUCUGUCUCUCUCUCUUGCUUUCAACUGUGCAAUGCAGUAUUAUUCAUCUGGAUCAUUACAUAUUCACACACACAUACAUACAACAGAACAUACAUACAACGGAACAUACCUAAACUCAGCAUGUCACCUCUUCUCCUUCUUCAGUUCAAAGCCAUGAACUGAGGAUUGAAACAUCGCCUCAGUGAAAAACAGUGAUAAUGUGACGAGAGCGGAGAAAUGAAAAGAUUUAUCCACAAGAAAGGACAAGCCUACUGUGUAUCCUGGUUUCCAUCCACUCAGACUGGGGAAUUAGUUAAUAUAUAUUCCUAACUUAAU